AAUUCCGCUCGCAUUAUCCGCAGUUCCGUGUUCGGGUUGGAUGAAAACAACAAGGUUCGCGACCGUUUUGUAUUCUCACAGAAUAAUCUACAUAUCACGAGUAUUGAUGUUCAGUCUGUGGAACCGGUGGAUCAGCGUACUCGAGAUGCUUUACAAAAAUCAGUUCAACUCGCCAUUGAGAUCACAACCAACUCUCAGGAAGCAGCAGCACGGCACGAGGCCGAGCGUCUAGAACAAGAGGCUCGUGGUCGUUUGGAGCGUCAAAAAAUCGAGGAUGAAACCGCAGCGGAGGCAGUGCGGCGAACACUGCUCGAAACUCGCGUCCAGUUAGCCGCUUUGGAAAGCACUGGACAGGCUACUGCUGAGGCUCAAAGUCGUGCAGAUGCCGCUCGCAUCGAGGGACAGUCGGCUGUAGAAUUGGCUAAAUUGCAUGCUGAGGCUAGUGAAAUUGAGGCGGAUGCGGAAUUGGAACGGCUGCGCAAAGCUCGCGAGGCUGAAUUGGAAUUUAUGCGUCAGAAAGACUCACUGAAAAUUGCUCAGUUGAACGAGGAGAUGAAGAUCGAAGUAACGCGUUUCACAUCUAUGGUCAGUGCCAUCGGACCAGACAAUUUGCGACAGAUUGCCAAAGCUGGACCGGAGCAUAAUUUACGUAUGUUAAGUGCCCUCGGUUUGCAGAGCACUCUGAUCACAGAUGGCACGACCCCGGUGAACCUGCUGAGCACAGCCCAUGGACUAAUCGGACAAUUAACACGUCAGUCGGGUGAAACAGACAAGGAGGAUCACCGAUCACGUGAUACCAUAGCGUUGUCAGAUGACGGUGCCUCUGCCUAA